GCGCCCCCGCCCGCCGCUCGCACCAAGCGCAGCCGCCGCGGGGAGCGCGCCCGCGGCCACGUGCGCGCCGAGAGCGACGAGAUGCUGAUGAUGCUCACCUACUCCAUGGUGCCGGUCCGAGUGAUGGUGGAUUUGUGUAACAGCACAAAAGGGAUAUGUUUAACAGGCCCCCCAGGACCCCCAGGGCCUCCUGGGCUGCCUGGCUACAAUGGAUCAGAUGGAAUUCCAGGACCUCCAGGACAAAAGGGAGAACCAGGAGUAAAUGGAAAAAGAGGAAAAAUAGGUUUGCCAGGACCAAAAGGUGAUCAAGGACAGAAAGGAGAACCAGGAGAAAUGGGUUUACCUGGCAAGGAUGGUAUACCAGGAGGAAAAGGUGCAAGAGGAUCCAAGAGAAAAAAAGGGGAUGCAAACAAUGACGUGAUAUUAGAAGGUGCAAAAGGUGAGCCUGGACCUCCUGGGCCCCCUGGACCUCCUGGACCCCCAGGGCCUCCAGGAAAACGUAAAGGUAAAGCCAAUGUGGAGCUUCAGGACAACAUCUACAGCAGCAAAUGCACAGAUGAGAUAUGUGGUGCACCAAAUGAUGAUACCCUUGCUGGAAAGGCUGAAGACAGAACCCCAGAUCUCCCUUCAAAUAAAGCUGAAUGUGUCAUAAGGUCUGUAGGAAGUCCUGACCAGUAUGUCAGGGUACAGCAGACGUUUGGAACUUGGAUGAGGGAACCUGCAAACAUAAGUGAUGAAAGGAUUUGGCUCACCACACAUUUUUCAGGAAACUAUAUAAAAGAAUAUGAAAAUGUUGAUGCCUUGCUGAAUGACAGCUAUAGGAUCAUUAACAUCACAGGACUUUACUAUGGAUGUGGUCAUGCAGUACAAAACAAUCAUCUCUACUACCAUCAGGGAGGAGCCAGUUACAUUCGGAAGUUUGGGCUCGAUAAAGACUCGCUGGACACUCUGCACAUCAAAAAGGCAUUACACCAGGGCAGGAACUACCUCUUCUCUAACUCCAAGACGUAUUUCAACAUAGCAGUGGAUGAGAAGGGUCUUUGGAUUAUAUAUGCCUCAAGCAUUGACGAAAAUAUAAUGGUAGCCAAGGUUGAUGAAGAAAGCUUCUCAGUCAAUUGGCGCGUCAAUACCAGCUAUCCUAAGUCCAAGGCUGGUAAUGCAUUCAUAGCAUAUGGCAUUCUGUAUGUCACUGACACUAAGGACAUGACAGUAAGUUUUGCUUUUGAUUUACUGGAAGGGAAGCAGAUUGAUGCAAGGUUUAAGUUACGGUCUUCACAGUCUGUUCUUGCUAUGCUUUCAUACAAUCUGCGAGACAAGAAUUUGUACACGUGGGAGAAUGGAAGCUUAAUGGUAUACCCAGUCCAUUUUGGCUGAUGAAUAUAUUUUCACAUUUUCACAUAUAUUUUUCCAUUUGACUAAAGGAUCAGUUUAAAGCUCUAUGACAUACACAUGGGGGUCUCCUCACUUGGUAUAAUUUUCUGUUUGCUGCUGGUGGUGUGUGAGUGUGUAUGAAAGGGAGAUCAGGUGCCCUUGUAUAAACACACUUCAAUUACAUUGGCCAUCCUCAUCUUUUUAAAAAAUUGUUGUUCACUACUGCAGAUGGCACACAGCAUAGACAUAUUUUUGUUUUUCCCGUUACUCAGCUGAUAAUUGUGUCUAAUGUACAUUGAUUAUUCCAUGGUCAUGUGCUCAGCAGAGACUAGUUGUAACUUUUAUUUACAAUCAUCUUCUCUGCAAUCAUUUGUAAUGAUGGUCUAAUAUAAACACCUAAAUAAUGAACUUUUGUGUACAAAUACCUUUGUCACCUUCAUUUAAUUUCCAUGGAUUCUGUGUGACCAUUUUUUCUGGACAAAGUUUUAAAGCUGUUAAAAUAAUGGGAAUGGAAAUACUUGUUUAAAUAGAAAAAAAAGCAGAGAGCUUAAAAUUUGACUAGUCAAAUCAAGUGUUAAUAAUCAAAAGCAAAAUCCAGCUAAAGGAAAAUGGGAAUAUUGACAUUAAAUACAACUGAAUAGACAUGAAUUGUGUUUCUUUAAAAUUAAAGACAUAACCUGUAUGAUUAAAAUUUCAUUUUUAACAGUAUUUGAGAUUCUUGUGUUGCUGCAGACUCUCACUUGGCUCUCAGUGCCAUGCAAACUAUACCAAUAUAACUUGCUUAUAGCUAUUUAAUAAGGCAUAUUACUAAAAUAAAAUGUCCCUACCUUCAUCCACACAAAUGAAAUCAUAAAAUGAAGGGUAUACUUUUUUGCUACUAUUUUUAGAAUCAUCAUACUGCUUGGUGACUUAAUCUGUUGUUAACCAUAAGUCUGAGACUGCCAAUUCACAUGCAAAUUUUUGAGUUAAAGGUGAGAAAUAAUAGGAAUUUUUUUAUUUUAAUUUUGUUCUGGUAUUUCAGAUUUCUCAAUUUAAUGUUGGAACAAAAAUCUCUCUUGUUGUUUUAUGUAUCUAGAUUCAAAAUCAUGCUCUUGGAAAACCCCUACCUGAAUUUCUAAGCUGCCUGUGCAUAUUGCUGAAGUUCAUGGAGUACACUCAAACACUUAGAAGCAAAGUGUUAUUUAAAUCCUGAACUGCACUGAGCUGUUUAAUACCUGUGUGAUCCAGGCCCUGUUGAAGGGAUUAAUGAAUUUGGGAUUGUCUGUGCCUGCAGAACCUUGUUUAGCAAAUGUGCUGGAGGAAUCCCUCUGCUGCAGCUAAGCUCCAGUGUGUGGCACAGGGAUGGCUGGGCUCUUCUCAGCAUACUUGAUGUAAUCACUAAGGCUUUGCAUGCUAAAGAGAGAGAUGCAGAAGGGAACAAAAAAUCAUGAUUAAUACUUUGAACUAGUUUAUACAUCAGAACUCCAGACUAAAAAUUCUCUCUAUACCUGUGUGACACUUCACACUCCAGAGCUACAGUUCUGUGCGCUGCUUGCGACUUUUACGGGGGUGUGAAAGUUUUGGUUGUUAGUUUUUUUUAUGUUUGUUUGAAUGUGGUGCUUUUUCAAAAACUGAAUUGUGAUACUAAUACCACAAUACAGCUAAAAUACCCCUAAAGUCAGCAAAAUACUCGGGCAAAUACAGUUCAAGUCAGAUGUGAUAUUUUCUAGAUAAUGUACCUUUCUCAAAGCUUGGUAAACUUCUGCAUAACAUUGUUGAAACACUUGGAUCAAUCUCUUGGAGAAGGAAUAUCAAGGAAAUUCUACUCUUUUUCUCUUCUUCUUGCAGCUGUGGAACUUAAUUCUAUUAACCUUGCACUUGUCAAGAACAGCUGAAAAUAAAAUGUAAACAGCUAAUCUUUUUUAUUUCAG